AAACAAGUUAUGAUUCUCUCAGUUCUGAGACAUAGCUCAAAUCAAAGAUUUAAUGCAUUUCAGUCUGUCAUUGGCUCCUUCCUAGAGUCAAAACAAUGUCCCGAGAUCAUCUUGGAGACAGUCGCACACAUGGGCAUAUCCAUAUCUGUCAAAUCUAUUGCACGGAUGGUCAAUUCAUUGUCCAAAAAAGCUGAGGAGCAAUUAAAAACCUUGGGUCCUUCAAAUAACAUUUACGACAACUUUGACAUGGAU